AUGGAUUUUUCCCUUCCAAAGCUAUCAAAUUUAAGAAAUUCUGAAACAUCCCGUAUUGAUUCUACUGAUAAUGACUUUGUGCCUAUAUUAGAAAACCAAAACUCAUCUCCUAUUCAAUCAUUUCAAUCCUUCCCUGAAGAAAAGCCUGCAGUCCCAUUUGAUGAAAUUUUAAGAGAGUUCAGACACUUUUAUACACAAAGGCCAUGGUCAAGAGGGCCUCAAGGACAAUAUAAAAUAAUGAGUUAUAACGUCUUAUCAGACCAUUGUAUCAAGAAAAGCCAAAGAGGACUGUAUUCUUGUAAGCCUGAAGAUUUGGAUAUUGAAAAAAGAUCAAAAUUAAUAUAAAAUUUUUGCAUAAAUAGCUUGCAAAAUCCAUUCCAGUUUUUCUUAUAUGGCUAUUUAUAGAAAAUCACCAUAAUUGAUGAAAUUAAAUACCACGACCCUGAUUUACUAGCUUUGCAAGAGGUAGACGAAGGCUAUGAAGCCUACACAUCUUUAGAAGGAUACGAGAAAUGGUACAAAAAGCGUCUGAGAACUGAUUUGGACGGCUGCAUGAUUUUAUGGAAAUCAAGCUUAUUUACCUUAGUUGAAAGAUUUGAUGUGGAAUAUUACAGUGAAGACCCAGAAUUUCAAAAUUAUUUAUCUAAAGCAAAUAUAGGCAUCAUUACCAUUUUAAGGCUAAACUCAGAGGAUUCUAAAUACAUUUUAUUUGCGAAUACCCAUUUUUUAUUUAGCCCACAUAAAGGAGAUAGACAAUUUUGCCAAAUUUACACAAUGCUAAAAUCAAUUGAAGCUAUAUUAGUAAAAUACACCGGGUUUGAUGUAAGUAUUUUAUUUGCAGGUGAUUUUAAUUUGACACCUUGUGGUGGGAUUUAUCAUUUCUUAGAAAAUAUUCUUUUUUUGAUUAAAAUUGCUAUAAACAGUCAGAUAAUUUUUAAUAUUAAAAUUAUUAUGGUUUAGGAUAAAAUUUUGAAUCUCUUAUGGGUCAAAAAAGAAGACUUAAAUAGCAGAUAUAUAGGCUUGGAGAAAAAAGCAACAUAUAAGAGAAUUCUUGAAGUCUUCAGGACGCCUUUCUCCUAUAAGGACCACCAGUAUAUGAACAAUUGCGAAAUUGCUCAUAUACUGAAUUCAAUUAGAGUCCAGCUCAUUGGCAACACCUUUACCCCUGUUUUUUGCAAUACAGACAUAGACGAAGAUGGAACAAUCGCCCAUAAUUUGGACAUCAAAAGCUGCUAUAAGUCGUGUGUUCGUUAUGAGCCAUUUCCUACAACGUUUUUAGAUGACUCCAGAUCUACAGUUGAUUAUAUAUGGUACGGCGGCUCUGUUGCUCCAAGCAGGGUUCUGAUGAGCCCUAGGUUUGAAUUUUUAGAUGGAUUUAGUGGGGCUCCAAACGAAAUUUUGCCAAGUGACCAUUUCCCAAUCAUUGCAGAGUUUAAUUUUAUUAAUCAUUAA